GAGCCACGCCGACUGAAUCAGAGAUCCGUAUUAUCCCUAUUAACACUCUUGCCUUGCCCCAGCCUCACCUUACAACACCCCUGCUCUUUCAUUUGUACCUACACCUAAGUUUCCCUCUUAACUCAGCAUGGAGGCAGAAGACAGCAACCUCAGCAUCAUGACGGGGGACAGCGAGGCGGAGCAGCAGGGAAGGGAAGGCAUUUCGGUCAUCAAGGACGGGAAGUAUUCAGAUUUAACUAUCACAUUAGCGGACUGCAAUGUGUCUUAUAAGGUACACAAGAUUUACCUGGCGUUAGCUUCCUCGGUGCUGGAGGCUCUGAUCGACGACUUGCGGUGGGGGGAAGAGCUGGUGCUGGAGGAAGGGUCGCCCGAGGCCUUCCUCUGGCUGCUGCGGUUCAUCUACGGCUGCGACCCGCCGAUGGAGAGCAACAAGCUGGCCGUUAACGUGGCGUGUCUUGUGGGGCGCUACAAGGUGAAGGCGCUGCACCCGAUCUGUUUGGAGUGGCUGGAUAACAUUCUGAAGAGGGACACGGUGCUGGAGGUGUACAACGCUGCUUACAUCCUGAAAAACACGCUGCUUGUCACCAAAUGUCUGCAGCUGCUUCUCACCUGCACGGACCAAGUGCUCGCCUCCCCACAGGUGUGCUGCCUCGCGGAGGACGCCUUCACCUUCCUGCUGGGGCACUCCCUCUGUGUCAAGUCAGAGGCUGUCAUCCUCAACGCCGCCAUUGCCUGGGGGCGAGAACGCCUGCCGGCCGAUCAGAAGGCCAGCGGCGCGGCUCUACACCACAAGCUCAGGAACGUGCUGCCCCACGUGCGUAUCUUGACCCUGAGCGCUGAGGAGAUCGUGCAGGGGGUGAUGGCGAGCGGCGUGUACAGCCCCGAGGAGUGCCAGGCCAUCCUGAUGCAUAGGACGCAGACAGCCGGAGCCCCGCCCCUGCCAGAAACAUGCUGCACGCUACUCACCAAGAGGAAGUCCCUCGAUGCUUUCCCGCUGAGCCACGUGCGCCUCCCGGGGUCCAGGAACUCGACCCUGCUUCCAGGCGAGCUGGCGCCAAAUCAGGAGCUUGUGCUGGUGUCCGGGCUUCGCGUGGACGCGCCGGUGGUGCUACAGCGCGUGGAAGGCCGUGGCGUGCUCCUGAGGGAGGUGACUGCCGCGGUCAAAGACACUGCAGGCCGCACCCUUUACACGGCAGCCAUGCACGAGGGUGUGUUUGAUGUGCCAGUGGCCCUGGACCCUGACAAGGUGUGUACCCUCAUGGCCAAGAUACGUGAAGACGAAUGGUACUAUCACGCUCUGUACCCCUUCACCGCUGGGGCUGCCGGCGUGCACUUCAAUGGGGAGCACGCCUUCCUGUCUGAAGGCUGCGACCUCUACUUCUGGCGCCUGGACCAGUACGUCCGUGUGGACCUGUGAGCAUCUUUCUUAGUGUGUGUGUGUGUGUGUGUGUGUGUGUAUGCUAACUUGUCUUAUUGUUUAUUUGCCAAGCAAGGAUAAACUUUCUUUUAAUUUUACUAUGUGUGUGUGUGUGUGUGUGUGUGUGUGUGUGUGUGUGUGUGUGUGUGUGUGAUUAAAGGGAAUAUUUCAUCGUUGAAAAAAGUUGGAAUAUGUUUGUAAAUUGUACGUGGCAUUAGAGGUUCUGGAAAAAGUUGGAUGGACAACAAUUAAGAUGUAAUGACAACAUUCAUGGAACUAAAGUUUGUCUUAUAUUGUAUUCUGUUAUUGCUCAUUAAAAAUCCUGCACAUUCAUCCUUUCUUUCACUGCGAGG